AGAAAGCAUCUAACAUAUGGUACCGCAAGUAGAAUAAAUGGUAGUAUUUCUUCUAAGUCGAUUCUUUUAGAUUGAAGAGAAAGUUAAAGAGUGGUAGUAAUCCAACUGGAAAUUUCAGAUAAGAAUUAAAAAUCAUGUCGCAUCAAACGGGUAUAAAAGCAAACGAUGCAUUGAAAAAAAUGUUUUCCAAGUGCAGAGAUGGAAAAAUACGUGUAUUAAAGGUGUCUAUAGAAAAUGAAGAAUUAGUUCCUGCAACUUUUAGUAAACCAUCGAAUAAAUGGCACGAGGAUUAUGAUAAAAUGAUAAAGCCUUUAAUUCUUGAAAAUCAACCUGCAUAUAUCCUUUAUCGGCUUGAUACAAAAUCUACUGAUUCUGGUUACGAUUGGUUGUUUAUAUCUUGGUCACCUGAUACUGCUCCAGUAAGACAAAAAAUGUUAUAUGCAUCGACGAAAGCUACUUUGAAACAAGAAUUUGGUACAUCUUGCAUUAAAGAAGAAUUGCAUGGAACUGUUCCCGAAGACAUUACAUUGGAAGGAUAUCACAAACAUAAAAAAAAUAAUGCAGCUCCAGCACCUUUAACUACAGCAGAAGAAGAAUUAGCUGAAUUAAAAAAGACUACCGUUAAUACUGAUUACAGCAUUGAAACAAGGCAUCAAACAUUGAGUGGCGUUGCAUUUCCUGUUACGGAUGAAGCUAAAAAAGCAAUUACAGAAUUUGGCGAAGGCAUGCACGAAUAUGUUCAAUUGAAAAUUGAUAUAGAAGAAGAAAAAAUUCAUUUGGUUACAGCUGGCGAUGUUUCAUUGGAUAAAUUACCUACCAAAGUUCCAUCUGAUUCUGCCAGAUAUCAUCUUUACAAUUUUAAACAUACGAAUGAAGGAGAUUAUAUGGAAUGUAUAGUUUUCAUAUAUAGCAUGCCGGGAUAUAGUUGCAGUAUCAAAGAAAGAAUGUUGUAUUCUUCCUGUAAAGCUCCACUACUUGAUCUUAUUCAAUCUCUAGGAGUGACUAUAACAAAAAAGCUUUCGAUAGAUGAUGGAAAGGAACUAACUGAAGGAUUUUUGCAAGAGGAAUUACAUCCAAAAGUCAAUUUACAUCGUCCAAAAUUUGCCAAACCAAAGGGACCACCAAACAGAGGUGCCAAACGUAUUACCAAGGUACAGGAAUUAGGUACCUUAGAUCAAGAUACUUGAAUAAAUCAAUAACACGUUAAGUUUUGUAUUAAAUAUAAGCAGGGUCUUUAGAGAAUGGUAGUAGUAAUUAAAAAUAUAAGAUUAUAUUAGUAUUAAAAGAAGUAUUCGCAAACAUUGAACGUUGCAUAGAAGAAAUAUGAAGAUUAAAUGAUGAUGAUGAUGAUGAUGAUGAUGCCUAUACGAAUAUCAUAUUAAUCUAUAUUUUGUCAAAAGAAACAAGAUUUUUCUUUAGAAUUUUGUUUGUUUAUAAUAUCGUAUUAUUUGAUCAACAAGCCUAUUCUGUAAGUUGUGAUGAUGUUCGUCGAGUUUAAAUAUUCUAUUUAUUUAUUUCGAAAUUAUAUAA